AUGGGGUCCGUCGAGCUGCCGUACAUCAGGACCAACCCGAAGAUCAUCUUUUUCACAGACUUCGAUGGAACGAUUACGCUGAAAGAUAGCAACGACUAUUUGACCGACAAUUUGGGUUACGGGUACGACAAACGCAGACAAGGGAACGAGGAUGUUCUCACAGGGAAGGCCACUUUCAGGGAUGCCUUCCGCGACAUGUUAGACAGCGUCAAACCCGGUUUUGCCGAAUGUAUCCAAGUCCUGAAAGAAAACAUGAAAUUGGAUCCUUAUUUCACCGAAUUUUACAACUGGGCCAAGGAAAACAAUGUUCCUAUUGUUGUAGUAUCCUCUGGCAUGGUUCCAAUUAUCAGCGGGUUGUUUGAGGUAUUGCUGGGUCAUAAGCCGGAUCCUCAACAUCUGUCCAUUGUCGCCAAUGACGUCGAAAGCCGUGAUGGAAAGGAUAUCAAUACUCCUGGAGGCUGGCAGAUCAAAUACCAUGACGACAGUCACUUUGGUCAUGACAAGUCCCUCGCGAUCAAGCCAUACGCCGCCCUGCCUGCCGAGAAACGCCCGACUCUCUUGUAUGCCGGUGAUGGUGUGUCAGACUUAUCGGCUGCUUCGGAAACUGAUUUGCUCUUUGCGAAGAAGGGUCACGAUCUUGUUACAUACUGUGAACGCCAGGGGAUGCCAUUUACCGUGUUUGAGGAUUGGUCCACCAUCCUAGCCACGACGAAAGAUAUCUACAGCGGCAAAGUCUCCGCGAAAAAAAUUCGUACCGGCGCUCAGCUUAGCGUUCUCGGUUUUAUUGUUUUCCUUCUGGUGCUUUUCCUCGAUAACCAGUUCCGUGUCCUCCCAAACUCGAUACAUGGUCGUCUUCCUACCCAUCAUCCUGGAUUUGUGGUCACAGACGUCACAAUCACCAAAUGUUCGUCGGUAAAUGUUUUUUCAAGCUGCACCCUCGAUCCGUCGGUAUGGUAUCGGAUCGAUAAGGAUCUAUACCUGGGCAACACCUGGGCGUCCAGCGCCUACGUCCACUUCCAAAGAAAGAAAGAAGAAGACCUCCUUGAAACAGACAAGGUUGUGGUUGACCUCCGCAUUAGCAGGACUAACCCAGGACUUUCUAAGGACAAGAAAACUAGCAAUGAGGAGUGGGAGUCCAGACCAGGCGGAAUUUGGUUGAAGCGCAGCGCCGAACCCCACGUCAGUGACUCGAAGAAGACGCUCACAUCUCUAGAUGUGCUAUUUGGAAUAGAUGCCGUCGAUCCUCGUCCUCAAUGGGAGGUGAAAGACUUGCCGAUUUUAUUAGACGGUAUGACAGAAUCUACCGAGGCGCGCAUUACCGUCCGCCGUGGAGUUCCGCCAACCAUAAAAAAACCGGUUCCAAAAAUAAACGACAAUGAUCGUUUUAAGAUCAUGCAAGCGGCGGAUUUGCAUUUGAGCACUGGCACUGGAGUCUGCCGUGAUCCUGUCCCGGAGGAGAGGGUACCUGGAGAGAAAUGUGAAGCGGAUCCUCGAACCUUGGAAUUUUUUGAGAAGCUUUUAGAUGAAGAGAAGCCUGAUCUUGUUGUCUUUUCGGGUGAUGAGGUGAAUGGCGACACGGCGAAGGACGCGCAAAGUGCCGUUUUCAAAUUUGUGAAACCACUUGUGGACCGGAAGAUUCCUUAUGCGGCUAUUUUCGGUAAUCAUGAUGACGAGGGAGACCUCAACCGUGAGCAGCUUAUGAAUCUCCUCGAAGACCUCCCGUAUUCUUUGUCAUCUGCUGGACCGGAGGAUGUGGAGGGGGUGGGAAAUUACAUUGUGGAAGUAUUGGGUCGAUCAAACACGCAACAUUCGGCAUUAACUCUAUAUCUUUUGGAUACACAUUCAUACUCGCCCGAUGAGCGACAGUUCAAAGGGUAUAAUUGGCUGAAACCGAGUCAGAUUCGGUGGUUCAAGAGUACAGCUCAGAGUCUCAAAAGACAACACGAUAAAUACACGCACAUGCAUAUGAAUAUGGCAUUCAUUCAUAUCCCGCUGCCGGAAUACCGUGGCGAGGACAGGCCAUGGAAAGGUCAUUGGCUUGAAGCACCGACUGCACCGGCGUUUAACUCGGGUUUUAUGGACGCACUCAUUGAGGAGAACGUCCUUUUCGUCAGUUGCGGGCAUGACCAUGUGAAUGACUAUUGCAUGCUCAACAGAGACUCCGGCGACAAACCGAACUUGUGGAUGUGCUACGGAGGUGCUUCUGGAUUCGGAGGCUAUGGGGGCUACGAUGAUUAUAUCCGCCGUAUGCGAUUUUACGAAUUUGACAUGGGUCCUGGACGAAUUGUCACUUAUAAGCGCCUUGAGUAUGGUGAUACCGAGUCCCGCCUUGAUGAGAUGAUGAUUGUCGAUGCAGGUCAGGUACGAGCGUAA